CGGUGCGCGUCAGCUGUGUGUCCGUGGAGCUCCAGUCCGCUCCAGUCCGCCCUCGACGUACCGCGUGCCGCUCAGUCGCGAGUCCUCUCCACCGCGAGUGCCGCAGCCCGAUGGACUGGCGCGAUUCCCUGCGAUCGGAUAACCAAGCCGGCCCCAUGUCGAGCGCCCACCUGCAGCCCCUGGAGGCAACGACCGCGUUUCGGGGCGAGGCGGACCCUCCAGCGGCCAUGGCGCCCGGCGUCGCCGCCAAGGCCGAGAAGGCCUCCGAGCAGCCGCCCUCCACCAGCAGCCUGUCCGUGUCCACCGCGACACCGCUGGCCUCCUCCACGCCCUUGGACGCCGCCGCCAGCAACAAGCCCACCGUCAAGAUGGAGGGCUACCUGGAGAAGAAGGGCAAGAUGCGCGUGGUGGCCAUGUGGAAGAGGUACUGGUUCGUGCUGGAGGGGCGGCUGCUGCUGUACUACAAGUCGCAGCAGGAGUACGCGCGCCUGUCGCCGUGUCGCGGCUCCCUCAACAUGGGCCUGGCCUCGUGCGUGCGGCCCGGCGCCGGCCCCGACCACCACGUGCUGGAGGUGGUGCUGCGCUCGCACGUCGUGUCCUUGCGGGCGAAGGAGCGGUCCAGUCAAGAGCAGUGGCUCAAAGCCCUGCUGGACUCCAUGGCGACGGCGUCCACCACCACCGCGCCGGGGAAGCCCGCCAAGGAGGCCGGAAAAGGGCCUCUGCACUUCCGGUAUCCCUCUGCGGACAACCUCAGCAAGGCCGAAUCGCCUCUUUGUGAUGAUGGGGACGCUGGCACUCAGAGAGAGAAGCACCGCACCCUGCCCAACUGGAGGGGUCGAACUCCCUCCUCGGAGCCUCACAAGAUGCCAGGGUCAGAAGUUCACGAAACUCCAGAAGAUUCUGGGAGGUUCCUCGCGGAGUUGGACAUUGUUCCCCGAAAGGUGCUGGCCGGCAAGGGGGCUCACGCUAAGCUAGCCCGCCAGGGCUCUAUCCUCCCCAUUCUUGGCAAGCAAGAGAACCCCUCUCACCCGGGCUCGCCACGAGCUCUACAUGGGCAGGAUCCAUCUCCGUUUGGAAAUCAGCGAUACUCGUUUCAUGGUUUCCGCAAAGCUGAGAAUGCCACACCAAAUGGAUCUAGUGUGUUGCAAAUGGCAAGUGGUAAGGGAAGACAAGAGAUGGCGAACAAACCGAAAGGAUUCAAGAACUUUGAAAGUGUCUUGAAAAAGCAGUUGAGUUUUUCAAGCCCCUCAAGUGAGAAGGAUUCCCUUCACAACAAAAAUGACAUCAAAAGCACGCAGAUAUUGGAAGAGAAUUUAAAGACCUCUAAUGGCAGUGCUGAUGAAAAAUUAAGUUGUAAAUUUUGUCACAGGAACUUGAGAUCUGAGGGUGAAAAAUGUUACUGUCUAAAAGUGAGCACUCCAUUGCUUGAAGAGGACAAGGAAAAUGUGCUGAAGUGGAAACCAGAUCAAGAUACUCCAAAAUUUCACUCUGAUGAAAAUCAAAACCAAUUGUUUAAGGACACUUCAUUUGAGCAAAGGAAGGCAAGUUCUGGAAGAAAAUACUCUGGGUCAGAAAGAGAUCUUCUCCUUACUCCUGGAGUGGAUCUGAGUUUUCAAACUCCGGACGGACACGAGUUUGCAAGGCCAGUACGAUGCACUUCGGCAGAUGAGCUGUGGUCUCCUCCAAAGAAGAGUUUCAAAGACAUUCAUAUAAAACACAGCAAGUUUAAUCAAAUGGGUCCAGAUGCUCAGUACUUCUCAGUUACUGAUAUUGAUAAUGCCUCUCAUACUUUGGAGUCUCGUAGGUCUGAGCCUGUUGGCAUUGAAAAGAACAAAUUGGCCAAAAUGUCACUUUGCCAACGGCUCAUUCAUGGAAAUGGAGAAUACAUCAAAUAUUCAGAACCAGAAGAUUGUGAUAAAAGAGACUCCACAUUAAACACAACUAUUGAUUCACAUGCUCAGGAUGUAAAAGCUAAAAGCAAACUUCGCCUGAGGAAGCGAAAGGGUUCAACUGCCAAAGAUAGUUACAGCCUGGCUGAUAAUUUUGAAAGUAGCAACAAAAAGAGAGUGCCAGUGCGCAGUCGUCUAAGUUUUUUGACGAGAGUCUUGUCACAUGUACGGCGUACCAAAUCUGAAGACGUGAUGGAUCAUCCAGAAACAGAGGGAUUAUUUUCGGAUGAUGCAUUUUUGUCUCCACAUCCUGACCUGCAGUCAAAAUGCAGAACUCCUGUCUCGCGCAUGCUUGAAGAUAUGAAGAAAAUGGAAAGUGGACCAAACUUUCAACUUGGUCCAUCAAAUCCUGUGUUUGGUGAAGCACCUGAGGAGCCACCCCCUGAUUAUGACUCUGUUGGCGUGGAGCCAGUAGCCGGGGCAGGUGACAGCUCCAAUGAUGAACCACCACAACUUCCUCCUAGAAGAAUGAAGAGGCCUCGAUCUCCAUGGCAUGAUGUGCCAACCAACAACUCUCCUGUUAUAGAUCUGGACAACGAUGCUAGGCAAAGGCUGCUCUCUGCAGCCAAGUACGGAAGAGUGAUUGGGACUAGAACUUCACACAGCAUGGAUUUCUAUGACUGGAGUGACCCUCAUCCAAGCGAUCACUCUCAGCAUCAUGCAUAUGAAGUUGUUUCUGAUGACACUUCACCUGCCGGCUCUAAUGAGCAUUUAGCCAUAUACCUUAGCUCCGAGUCCAGUGAUGAGGAAUUUCAUGAAGAUGUGGUGUUACGAAGAAAUAUUCGGGAUGGAGAAUUUUUGUUUGGUAUCCAAGACCAGCCAAAUCCAUUUGGAAAUAUUACAAGUCCAUCUGCAAUGGAGCCUCUCACAAUUAGCACAGAUAUGUUACCAAUGCUGGAUGAAUCCGGAAGAGUGGGUCUUUCGCAUGUAGAGGCCAUGAAAUUAAAUCUGUUGAUGCAGGCACAGAGAACAUCUACAGACUUAGUUAAGAAACAACAGGAAAAACGAGACAGGCAGAAGAGCUCUAGCAUUGUAACUGAGGAUAUUGUUCAAGCAGACCGUUUUCAGUUUGCUGCAGAAUGCUUGCAAAAACCCCCAGAAGAAUUUGCUGACAAAGAUGAAUUAGCAUUAAAUGAAGUAAUUGAAUCGUCAGAGAAAGCUGUGGCUGAGGUGCAAUGUCUUCUCUCUCCCACUAAAGAAACUUUGAAUACUGUAAGUAAUUCAUUAGAGUGUGAUGACAGAGGUGGCACUGAAAGCCAGGACAGUGUGCUCACAACAGAGCUGCCUCCAUCACUUCCUACCAAGAAAGUCAAAGGGCUCGCUGCAUCAUGCAGUGAGGGUGGUGCAAACCGGCAUUCAGAUGAGUUGAAUGAUUUACUUGCUCAACUGGCUGGCAUGACAACAGCACCACUUCUUCCAGUUGGAGCGACUUGUAGUCUACAGGUUGGAUCAAGGGGUCCGGAUGGUGAGAGUGCAUCCAGCACCACAGCUCAUAAACAGAGUCUAUCUUUGGAAGUGGUUGGUAACAUGUACGACUCUGAACCAGAUUAUGAUAUUCCAAGACCUCAUGCUUCGUUACUUCAAAUUCUUCCUCAGAGUGGCAGGCCUUUUCCCGAGGCCACAGAUGAAGGGAUGAAAGCCACCCAUUUCUUUUCUAGGCCUGAGUCACCAAGGCAGAGCAUCUUGGGAGACCAAAGCUGUAGCGGUCACAUGUCACCAGAUUCCCUCGACUUCCCUUUCAUGCCAACAAGACACUCAUUGAAUUGGGAUAUGAGUAAUGUGACCUUAGGACAUGUGCUGGACACACGAGAUCUUCCGAAACCUCGCAUUAAAAAGGAUAGAAGCAGAAGAGCAACAUUAAAUGGGCCCAUUACACAGCAGACGGUGGAAUGUGCCUUGAAUUUUAACAUUCCUCUUUUACGCCGUAACUCAAUGGAGCUGUCUUCAAAUGAAACUGAAACUAGUAACAACCAAAGAGAUCGCAGUGCAAAUGAGCUGAAACAAGUUAAAAGGCUUUCAGCUUAUGAAGCAGCUAUCUGUGAACACAGUUCUACCCUGCACAAAUCCUCAAGCCAACCAACUUGCAUUGGAAAGAUAUGCAAGAAAUUAGACGUGUCUUUAUCGUUGGAAGAUAUCAGUGAGAAAUCAGAGUUAAACUCAGAUUCGGUUGCAUCAGAUGCUAUUACCAAUGUUAGAUCACUACCAAAAUUGGAUGAGGUAGACAUGGACUCAUUAGAGGCCUCAGAAUUCAAGAAGUCAGAAGUACUUGAAGGAGGGGCAAAGACAUUAGUAUCUAUAGUUGAGGAGUCUGAUGUUUUAUCUGAUAAGAGUGAAGAUGACCCAUCUACUGGUUCUGCAUCAGAAGGUGCAGUUAUGUUGGGAAAUUCUAACAACUCAGCAACGGACCAACUCACUACUCAGAACACUGAUAGUGACUUGGAAAUGUUAUCAGAAGAUGAAUCUGAAUUUGCCAACAACCAGAAAGGGCAUCAUGAAAGACCAGGUAAACUAAUAGAACCAGACAGUCUUUUGUCAGAAACUAUUUUGUUGAAAAAAUUAGAUAUUGAAUCAAGUACAUUAGAAUGCGAGAGUACAAAAGACACAUCACUAGAAAUUGAUUCAUUGGAACUCAAAAAAUGAUUUUGUCAUAUCAAUUUUACUGUAAUUUUAUCUGAAUAGUCUGCUUUUAUUGUUUAACAUGUUUUUUUUUCUUAUAAUAUUUUAUUACAUGUUUCAGUGUUCAAAGUAAGAAUUAUUUUAUUGAAAUAAAAUUUUAUUAGUUAAUUAGUUAA